AUGUACGCCUUCGCGCGCGGUUCGCAGCCACACGUCUGCCCCGUCUCCUCCCCUCCUACAGUCCACCACUCUACUGCAUCGCUACCACGCUCACCUCGCAUCGCCAGCGCCCGUUUCAGCAGAUACAGGAACCACACCGCGCGCGCCUACCGGCGGGGCACCGGAGCGCCGGACAUGUCGGCCGCCGGCGACAGGGAUCUGCGGGAGCUGGCGCCGCUGGAGGCCAUCCUGUUCGACAUCGACGGCACCCUCUGCGACUCGGAUCCCUUCCACUUCCUCGCCUUCCGCGAGCUGCUGCAGGAGGUUGGUUUCAACAAUGGAGUCCCCAUCACCGAGGAGUUCUACAGCGCCAACAUCAGCGGGUGGCACAACGACGCCCUCGCCGGCGCUCUGUUCCCGGAGCUCGACCACGCCAAGGGCAUGGAGUUCAUGGAUCGCAAGGAAGCCCUGUUCAGAAAGUUGGCAGCAGGAGAGCUCAAGGGACUGGCGGGAUUGCAGGAACUGUGCACAUGGAUCGAAGGCCGCAACCUGAAGCGGGCGGCGGUGACGAACGCGCCGAGGGCGAACGCGGAGCUCGUGCUGUCGCUCCUCGGCCUCACCAGCUUCUUCCCGGUGCUCGUCAUCGGGAGCGAGUGCGAGCGGGCCAAGCCGUCCCCGGACCCGUACCUCAAGGCCCUCGACCUCAUCGGCGCGUCGCCCGAUCACACGUUCAUCUUCGAGGAUUCCGCGUCCGGGAUCCGGGCCGGCGUCGCCGCCGGCGUGGCCGUGGUGGGCCUGACCACCGGGAACCCGGAGAAGGUGCUGAGGGACGCGGGGGCGAGCCUGCUGAUCGGGGAUUUCCGGGACCCGAAGCUGAUGGCCAUGCUUCAGGAGCUAGACCCUGCAGCUGCAGAUAAGCAAGGCUGA